ACCCGACACGAACCCGAACCAUGGCAGAGACCGUUCCCGUACCGGCCACCGCUCCGGCCAAAGCAAAGGCGCCCAGGAAGAAGGCCGCGGCCAAGAAGAAGGAGGGCCCCAGCCUGCAGAAGCUGAUCACCGGCGAGAUCGCCGCCUCCAAAGAGCGCAAAGGCGUCUCCGUGGCCGCUCUGAAGAAGGCUCUGGCCGCGAAGGGCGUGGAUGUGGCCAAGGCCAACAAGCGCAUCAACACUGCCCUCAAGAAGCUGGUGACCUCCGGCGCCGUCAGCCAGACCAAGGGCACUGGCGCGUCCGGUUCCUUCAAACUGGCCAAGACCGAGGCCAAGCCCAAGACCGUGAAGAAGAAGGCCGCCGCCAAGCCCAAGAAGCCCGCGGCCAAGAAAGCAGCCAGCCCCAAGAAGAAGGUGGCCGUCAAGAAGACCGCGGCCAAGAAGCCCAAGUCCCCGGCCAAGAAAGCAGCGAAGAAGGCGGCGCCCAAGAAAGCAGCAGCCAAGAAGCCCGCCAAGAGCCCCAAGAAAGCGGUGCCCAAGAAGCCCAAGGCGGUGAAGAAGACCCCGAAGAAGGCCCCCGCCAAGAAGGCCGCCCCCAAGAAGGCCAAGAAGUAAAGGCUGACG